CUAGGCGCUCGGCAACCCUUUCAGGAGCCAGGUGCCGCUAGGGCUGCGGCGCGCGCCUUUUCUUCUCUUCCCUCCUUGGGGCCCGCGGGCAGCAGCCUUUUGCAGGCCGGUCGGCGCUGCGCUGAAGCGGCCGGGAGCGGGCGCGGGAGCGGGGCGGAAACUGCGGGCCGGAGAGAAGCACAGAACACGGCCGAAAACCGAGAGCCCCGCGGGGCCGUGGAGACUGAGCUGGACCCGGUGGAGAACACCCUGCGGACGCGGCUUCCCCACCGUCGGCCCCGGAGGCCCGAUGACAUUUACGUCAACACGGAGACUGACUUUAAGGCCCAGCUGGCCCGCUGCCAGCUGCUGCUGGACGGAGGGGCGCGGGGUCAGAACGCGCGCACUGAGACCUACAUUCACGGCCUGGGCCUGGCCAUCAACCGCGCCAUCAGCACUGCCCUCCAGCUGCAGGCUGGCAGCUUCGGGCCCUUGCAGGUGGCCGCCAGUACUUCUACCGUGGAGCCUGCUGAUGAGCUGGAACCAGAGACCGAUACGCGAGAGCCGCUGACUCGCAUUCGCAGCAACUCGGCCAUCCACACCCGCGUCUUCAGGGUCACACCCAGGAGAACUGCCCACUCCUGAUGGAGGCUGCUCCUCAGUCAUCACAGAAUGAGGAAGGCACAUAGAGGACACGUGCAGCCAACAUGUGAAUUAAGAGAAAGAAGCUUCGGGGUGUGUGUUUCGAGAAGGGGUAUGGUGGGAACUGCAUGCCCCAGCACAGGCAAAAAGAGGGUGUUUGCAGAGUUUAAGGACAAUAAAACUGACUUGGUCUAGUUCUACUUUAUCAUCAUCAUCAUAUGUGGGUAGUUCUAAGCGAUUUCAGAGGGCAAACGUCCCUCCUGCCUAGGUGGACUGCUCCCAUUGCCCUCUUUAAUAUGACUGUACAGAUCGCUCAAAUUUUAGGGUUGUGACGUCAGGAAGCUAGCGAAAGGAAUUAAAACCUAAUCUUUCUGGCUGGGGUUUUAUUUUGCUGUGUCACAGGGAUAUUUGCUCUUCCUCUUCACCCCUGACCGACUUUUCCCGCUCUGCUCUUCCUUCAUGCUACCCACUGCCACUGAUUUUAACACUAUGAGCUGCACCAGGGGGAACCUCCAUAUAUACAGACUUCAUGUUUUUCAGAUGAAAAUGAAUGCCUGGAAAGAUGACUGGUAUUUGUCCGCACAAUACUAGUCAUGAAUGAAGCUUGGUAGGCUUGGAUUAGUAUAAAUGCGAAGUGAGGACAUCCCUGACCCGACACCCCCCCACCCACCGCAAU